AUGCUCCACUUGCAGGGUCCACAGAUGCUGCAGAUGCUAGAAAAAUCCUUGAGGAAGAGCCUUCCUGAGUCCUUAAAGGUUUAUGGGACUAUCUUCCACAUGAACCAGGGAAACCCUUUCAAGCUGAAGGCUCUGGUGGACAAGUGGCCUGAUUUUAAUACAGUAGUUGUCCGCCCUCAGGAGCAGGAGAUGGUAGAUGACCUUGAUCACUACACCAAUACUUACCAAAUCUACUCCAAAGACCCCAAGAAUUCUCAUGAAUUCCUUGGCUCACCAGAAGUCAUCAACUGGAAACAACAUUUGCAGAUUCAAAGUUCACAAUCCAACCUGAAUGAGGUGAUAGAAAAUCUUGUAGCUGUUAAACAGAGUCAGGUCAAGCGAACACAAUGCUUCCUCUAUAUGAUCCAUCUGACAGCAAAGAAAUUGGCUCCUUCCCUGCUGAGUGCAAAGAAGUUAUCGCCAAGUGGGGGCACACAUGAUUCCAUCAACCAAGAGAUGUUUAAACUCUCAUCCCUGGAUGUCACACAUGCUGCCCUGGUGAAUAAAUUCUGGCAUUUCGGGGGCAAUGAGAGGAGCCAGAGAUUCAUCGAGCGCUGUAUCCAGACCUUCCCCUCCUUCUGUCUUCUGGGGCCCGAGGGGACCCCUGUGUCCUGGACCAUGAUGGACCAGACAGGAGAGCUGCGGAUGGCAGGCACUGUGCCUGAGUACCGAGGACACCAUCUCAUCUAUCAUGUCAUCUGUGCCCAGAUCCAGGCUCUGGGGAAACUUGGCUUCCCCAUGUAUUCCCAUGUGGAUAAAGCCAACCACACCAUGCAAAGAAUGAAUCUCAAAAUCCAGAGUGUCCGUAUGCCUUGUGACUGGAACCAGUGGCAAUGUGUGCCUCUGUGA